CCUCUUGCUAGUUAUUCAUGAACUCUUCCACAUUGUAAAUGUUUUUGUCCAUAUCAUCAGAAGCACUUACCUACUAAGUAUAUCUUCCUCAAAGAUCCCCACUGAUGCUCUGUAAUCUGAGUAAAAGAUAUAUAAGGGCAAAAAUAAAAAGCUUUAAUUUUAGCCUGAGUUAAUGAAUGGUUCUGUCUCUGCUGCUCCGGAGGCUCGACUGUCAAAGGCGAUAAAUCAGCGGGUUGUUUAAUGAGUCUCUCAGUCGAGUCCGGUGAUGAAUGUGUGGAAUAAGAAGAGAGACCACGCUGAACAAUGACGUGCUGUCCGCAGUGUGUGUGUGCGCGCGCUAUUUCUAAUGUAAUUACUAAUAGCAGACAGACGGAGAGCGCAGGAGCAGCAGAGACUGCAGCAUAUGAGCUCCACAAGAGUCUCCACUGGAACACAGUGAUAUAGAUGCUCACACUUUUAACAACUUUCGAGAGCAAAUGAUCAUGUCAGAAUCUGUACGGAAGAUGUUGAGGGCGAAGCUCGUGGUGCUGGGAAGAGAUAACUGUGGGAAGACAGCUCUGUGUGUCAGAUUCAUCACCAGACGUUUCAUUGGAGAGUAUGAACAUAAAAGAGAGGUCACCUACAGGUGUCAGAAAAUCGUGGACAAGGAGGCGAUUGAGCUGGAGAUUUUGGACACUGUUAAUAAGGAAUGUGUGGGACCUGCUGCGUCGUCUCUGGAGAGUUCCAUUAAAUGGGGCGAUGGGUUCCUCAUUAUGUACUCUGUGACGGAUCGUGGCAGUUUUGAGGCUGUAUCGCGCCUGAAGAGACUGAUUGACCACGUUAAACAAACGCUUGGUAUUCCAACAGUCAUCGUUGCCAACAAAUGCGACAUGGAGAAUGGCCGAGUGGUGAGGACAGAUGAGGGACAGGCAUUAGCCUCAGACCUGAGGUGCAGUUUCUUUGAGCUGUCUGUGGCAGAGGACGCUUCAGCAGUGGAGGCCGCGUGCGCGCAGCUGGUGCGUGAAGUGCGUCAGGAGUUUCAGCGUCACCUGCUGGCUAUGGACAAGCGCUCACGGAUGCUGCAGAUGAGACACGCACUCAAAAACAAGCUCACACGGAGUAAAACCAUGCAGUGGUGACCAGAAAGACUAAACGCAGUUAAAGACAUGACAACCGUAGUGCUGGAAUCAGUAACCUUUCAGAGAACAACAAGUGCCUUUUGGAUUUCCAAAUAGUGUCACGAACGUUGUGAUCUUUGUGUGUUUAUGACAGACAGGAUAAAACACCAAAAAGCAGUGGGGUUUUUUUUAAAGGUGCAGCGUGCAAUUUAUGGGUCACUUAAAUAUAUAUAAUAAUGUCUUAAAACACUCCCUGCCCAUUGUUUGGACAAACAGGCAGUCUCCCCUCACACUUGCAACUGAUUGAGUUAAACCAGUUUAAGAGAAAGUACUUUAACAUUUCAAAUGGAUCCUAUUGACCACUCAGUUGACCUCUUCCUUUGCAUCAAAAUACUGUAAAUGAUGUCAUUCCAAUGCAAGAUUCAUUUUGUAUUUAAAUUGAAUUUAAUGUGUGAGAAGUCACAAAUGCUUAUUUAUAGGAACUGAAUUCAUUCUGAUAGACUGAGCUUGUCUAAUAUUAAGUCGAGCUUAAAAUGGCAGAUGACGCACCAUGUGGCAGAUGAUCCUGUUCUUAUGUGCCUCCAUUAGACUGAAAUGUCAUGAGGGAACAGAACCAAUUAUACAGUUUUUUUUUCAAUUUCACACAGCUGUAUUUAGACUUACUACAUCCUGGCCGUGUGCAGAAUACAAUCUGUGGAGUAAAUAGUUUCCAAAAUGGGUUACAGGAGAGUGUAUCAUACUGCUAAAUGUUGUAAUUGUGCAUGUAUUGUUUAAAUGUUCACAGCGUUAAUAUUUGCUGCUUUAAUGUAAAACAGAUCUUAGAGAGAACAAACGACUGUUUAAUUUACAAUUUUAUUUAGCAAAAAUGGUAAAAAUAAAUAAAUACAAAUUGAUCAAAUGCUCCAGUAAUAUCCAGCCUCCUCAACAGAAAGAAUUCAUGAAGUUAUAUAUUCAAAUAACUUACACAUGGACUUCUAUGAGAAAAGGUAAACAGACAUCAGGCAACACACAAGAUUAAGAAACAAAACAUACAAAAAUGUAAAAAAAGUAAAAUGAAAGAAAAGAGCAAUACACAUCCCUUUUAAAAACUAUUAUGAAAGAAUCUAGACAUUUUUCUCUUUUUUUUUUUUUUUUUUUUUACAACAAAUUGAAGUAAAUUGAGUUCUUGAUAUCUUCACGUUGCAAUAAUCUAUCCUUGAUUUUCUUGAGGGUUUCAUCAACCUGAAUGAGGUAACAGCAUGAGGUGUAAGAACGUGAAUCUUCAAAAGCAUUACUAUGCGAAUCUUAAAAACAUGAACGAAAGCCUGAGCUCUCGGAAAACGCUAUUAAUAUCUGAGGAGAUCAGACUUCAUACACUUCGGGACACAAUACCCAAUUCUCAUGUGUAAGGAACAUGAAUGAGGAGACGCAUCUAUCUCUUCAGGGAACAUCUGUCACAGAAGCACAGUCAGUCCUACUAACCACGUCUGGUCUCAGGACUCUUGGCCCCUAAAGGACAGGAGAUGACAUUUGCAAAAGUCAAAUCAGAUGAGCAUUUAUGUAAGGGCUGUUUUCCCUUUUCUUUAUUUUUUCAAUGCACUUCGAUACCAUUAAACCACCAAACAGAACGCAGCUUCUCUACGUCACUUUGGAAUUUUAACAAUAGUGAUGAAAUAUGUUUAAGUAUUAACGUCUAUCAUAAAAAAUGUGUUGAAUACUUCUGCGAUUGUUGAAAACUCUUGAAAAUGCUGAUAUAAAAUAAGAGGCGGAUACCCAGAUCAUCAGACUGGGGUGGAAUGGUUUCACUCAAAAGUAAAGUUUUUCAUAAACAUACCGGCAAAUUAUUUUAUGUUUUGAUAUAAGACGUAACCUUAAGAGUUCUUCUGAGGAGCGGUCAGACUCUGUCCUCACUAACACAACCUGAAUAUGCACACGUUUCGCUGACAACUGACUCUAAGACACCGACAGGUCAUAACACUACGAUGAAACAGCCUAACAUAGUCUAUAGAACUUAAGGCAACUAAUACACAGAGGCUACAGCAGACCAGAGCUUCAUGUUCAGCACGGAAAACACUCACAAACCUGAAAUGAAGAUAUAAACGCAAAACAUUUCUGUCUUUUAUCAAAAGAGUGUCUGACACCACCGUGUUUCUGGAAUUAUCUCUUGUGCUUGUUUUGUUUUUUAAAGGAAAAACACUGUGGAAGUGUCAUCUUGGCACAUGAUGCGGUGUUCAAGCUACGGCGGCUGUCUCUCAGGUGUUAGAACUGGUCUGGUGUGUUUGUCUGUGCUCGUUCAUGUGCAGUCACACACUGUGAAAUGCACAGCGGUGAGAGAGCGUCGAGAGCUCCGAUACGGUUAGA